AUGAGUGAAACUAGUUUGAUUUCAUAUUCCGAUCGAGAAAUGGAGUCUUCCCUCAAGGAUUUAUUGGAGAGAAUUUUAAUUUAAUUGGAAAAGUACAUUGAAACCAAAAAUGAUCUCAAUGAAAUUGAGAAAGAAUUGAAAGAUUAUGAGAAUCUACCCCAACUAGUCAAUAUAAUUAAGGUAGUUUUCACCAAUCUCAUGUUAAAAAUUGACAAAAAAGUCAAAAAGUUAGAGAAAGAUGUAGAUCCAAAUGCCUCCUUGAGAAGUUUAAGAACUGAGGAAGAAUACGAAAAAUUGGAGUAAACUGUGAUUAAAUAUGAGGGCGAAAUCAGAAAUCAUAUUAGACUAGAAUAACAAUUAAAAUUGUACGCAGAAUCAAUCCAAGCCAAAUUGGAUGAGAGUGAAUCUACGAGAAAUGAGCUUCUGGAAACCACCAAGAAAAUUAUGAAUAAUCUCAAAAGGGAAAACUAAAAUUAUUACGAGGAAAACACUAAAUUGUAAUCUGAUAUCGCUUACUAUAAGCAACGAAUAUAAGAAUACGAAAAUGAAGUAUACAAAAAGACAAUUGAAUAUGAUCAAAGAGAUCAAGAAGUUUAGAAGCAUAAUAAGAAUAGCUAAUAGAUUAAAGCACUAAUACAAAAGAAGCCUAAUAGUAAGGAAACCAAUAAAACUAGUUCAUAUUCAGAACACAAAUUAAGUAGUUAGCUUUAAGAAAGCACAGAUUAUCCUACUUAAUCUUAAGGUUCUUUGAAAUAAAAUUACUUUAAUAUCCUUCAAUAUGGAUAAAAUCAUUAACAGUAAUAAUAAUUGUAAUUGUUAAUGUAAUAACAACAAGAAUAUUAAAAAUCAUUUCAUGGCAAACAUAAUUCGAUAUCCUCAAUUAAUGACACUAUUCAAUAAUAAAUAAUUAUUAAAGAUAAGAAAGGUAACUUAUUUAGUUACAAUGCAUCUAAGAAGAAUUCUUAAAAUUCUUAAUUCCAUCAAAAAACUAUUUAACAAACCCUAUAAACUCAACCUAGAAGUAGAAGUGGAAGCGCACGCCGAAAUCUAAAUUAAAAAUAAAAAACUUCUAUCAAUCAAUGA